CUGAGGGCAGAGUGGACCUCCCGUGCUCUGCAGCUGAAUCCCGUCUCCCUUCCCGCUGAAGGCAGCAAGCGCAAGGAUCUCAGGAAGGAAUUCCGAGUUUUUUCCGCUCCUCAGGAUUCCUUACAGGGAAUUGAAUCUUUUGCCCCCUCUUAGAAAUUCCUGCUCCAGACUGCCCGUUUCUCCGGGAGUGUGGUCCCGGAGGGUGACGGGAAGGCCGCCUGCAGCCGCGAUCGCUUGUGCCCCGUCGCCAUGCGGGCGGGCGGGUCUGACCGCCGGGGCGACGCCACUGUUGAUCCGGCUCCGGAGACGAGCGGGGGUGCGAGCGGGCCUUCGCGGGUGUGAAUGCAGUCGGAUCGGCCAGGUACCGGACCUCGACCCACACUGUGCGCGGGCUCUCCCUGCGUCUAUUUCGAGUGCACCGCCACUUUCCAAGACCGCCCGUGAACUGUUCUCACACCAGUGCGAUAGACGAGAGGGUUCGAUGAGGCUGGGCGGCGUUCCCCCCGGAGCCCUGUAGGACUGCUUCUGAUACCACUGGCCUCGAGGGAGUCUGUGCUCGUGUCUGCAGCCUGUGGGUAAUCAAAAGCCCCUUCACCUCGUCUCCUUUCUUCCCGAUUUAAAUCAGAACGUUGACUCUGUCGUAGAAACCUGCCUCGAUUUCUUCAUGUUCAGAGUCCUUCGGCCCGAUUCAGGGACACUUGGUUAUUUUUUUUAACUGGAAGCGAAAGAUGGGUUGCCUUUGAAGAAGGCAGGAUCUCCCGCUGGUCAGAUUGUCACUGGAUCACUGUCCGUGAAGAAGCGCUGUUGUGCUUUCAAAGGUUGGGCCUCGGAGGAGUACCCUGCAUUUCCCUUCUUCCUGGCUAUGAAAAUACGUGAAAAACACACGUAUAGCUACUGUGCGUGUCUUUGGACUUUUCUUAGUUCUUGGAGAGUGUUCCGGGUGUGCUUACCACGUAUUUAGCACACUGUGCUGUUCUCGUAUGUUUCUCAGCAGCGUAGUUGAGCCUCGGUCAUGUCUUCAGCACUCUGGACUCCGGUUUCCUAAGAUUUCCCUUAGUUCCGCACACCUAAGCACUGUACUGUUCCGCAGGUGCGCCCAAGAGCUUUAAGCAUCUCGGCGUCCCCAUCUGCGGUUCUGAACCUCUCUUAGGCUCUGCAUAUCAAAUCCCACAGCUUUGGAUCAGAAGUCCUCAGGACCUGAGGCUAAGUGGCUCUGAAAGGACCACGACGCUCUGUGCCGCUGCGUGAGGGCGCCGGGGGACCCUGCGUGUGAUAGAGGGGUCGCGCCGCGGAUAGUCCGGCCCCAUUCGGCACGCGGCUUCCCGGCUGGAAAACGGCGCACGAGCCGGGGAAGCACGACGCCUCGCACUGGCGCUGCCUGCCCGUCUCCGGACUCGUCCACUCCGCCUCUUCUCGUUGUUCACCUCCAGCGAAGGGCUCUGCCCCCGAGCUCCCCCUCUCCGGUCCCAGUUCCUUUGCGUUGGGGAAACCGGGACCUAAAUCCCGCCCCUUGGGUUUCCAGACAGCUGGGAAGGGCCACCACCGCCAGCGGGGACGUGCCAGGGCUCGAGCAGCACUCGGAGCGCUAGGAAACCCGAUCGAUUUUCAAAAAGUAAGUUUUCUUUUCAUGUAUAUAGAUAUCCACUUAUGUAUAUAUGUCAAAAGAAAACUUACUUUUUCCAAAUUGUAGACCGGCCGGAGGCUCUAGGACAAGGUCUCAGUGAACGCGUUACAGCGUCGCCGUGAUCCUACGCAAAGAGAGACUUGAUUCUCCGAAGUGCUUGACGGCAGAGAUUUUUAAUUUGUUUUUUAGCUUGUCUAGUAAGAGAGCUGGCCCCGUACACUAAGGAAAAGCCACACGUGCGGAUCGGCCUCCGGGCUCCAAGAGCCGUUCCAGAGCCGAUAGCCUAGGGACCUCGCCUGUCUCUGCCCGCCUUCCCUCCUCCUCGCGACUCCGGAGGGGGCGGACGGGUCGCCCUUCGUCUACCUCCCCUCGGCCCUGUGUCCUUCGGGCUCCGUUGACCCCUUUCCCCACCAGAUUCUCCGAAGCCUUUCCGUUAAUCUUCCGAGGCCCCAAAGCGUUCGCGAUAAUUGCGUCUCUUUUAAAAAAAGGUCCGUUGUACUUCAAUUGGCCGUAAACAUCCGCGUCACUUCAGAGGGUUCCUCGCCUGGGCCUUGUGUCCUGUGUCCGGAACACGUUUCUCAGAUUCGAGCCCCUUAUCCCUCACUCCAGGCUGCAGGGACUCAGUCCUCCCGGUGGAGCCUGGAGCGACUGUUGUCCAGAGCAUGGUAAGAAAAGGUGGAUGAAGCCCAGUGUGCUCUUUCUCUGAACACUGAAGGAUAGACGAGCCUUCAGUUCAAACAUACUGCACAGUCGCUAUUUCCCAAAACGUUGAAAACCCAAACUCUGUAAAGCACGCUGCCACCGUCUCGUUUGGGUUCUACCCUUUCACCUUCCGGCUGGGUAGGAGAGAUUUUUCUUUCGGAAAAAGACCGUAAGAAAAUUAGUGCGCUACGUUCAGUUUUGUGGUCCAUCCUGCCUUUCAAGUCGAAACGGCAAAACCCUUUCUUGAGAGAACAGACAUAACGGGAAGAGAUGAUCCCUUAAGGCUUGCUAACUCCUCUCUCAAGUAAUGCGCUGUUAACGGCUAGACCUGGUCGUAGUUGAGCUGCCUUUGACGGCAACAUCACACACUGCUUGCUCUACACUUCAAGUGUUUUUGUUCGUUUGGCUUGGUAAUCUUUUAGUAGUUGGAUGGACUUUCAGGCAGCCCUGUAAUGUGCUGCGUGGUAGUGGGAGUUUUAGGAAGGCCGGAUAGGUGCUGUGCUUGUUAACGACAAGCAGAGGGGUCUUAGCCUGGACCAGUGCAGACAGCUGGGCUCCAGACUGCAGGGAAAUUAAAGCACAGGCACUUGAAAAAGAGAUUUCUUAUUUUAGAGUGUAUAUAUCUUAUUUAAAAAUCUGGUUGACUUGUAACCUUUUACGCACCAAAACCGCAAGGAGAGAAGCCAUAUUUUCAAAAGUAGUUUGCUUUUUCUUUUAAAAAAAAAUACACCUAUUGAACAUAUAUUUUUGUAUCACAGCCUAUCUCUACCAACAUAUACUUUUUUUUAAAAAGAUAUUAAAACUGGCGGUUUUGUUGCAUCAGUUUCCAUUUGAUAUAUGCAGAAACCAUAAGCCUCUCGUGAGUUCUUCCUGUGCGUUUCUUGUUCAUAAGUCAGGUACAUCCUACAAAUAAAAAAUAAAUAGGUUCACCCCUACUGCAUCUUCUGUUUGCACGUCUACAAGGAGAUUAUAAAUUGGUCUUCACUGCUUUAUUAGGGAGUUUUUUUACCACCACAAUCUGUUCUUCUGUAAAAAGUCUCAUUUUGGGAAACCUGUCACUUGACACAAAUCACAUUUUCAUUUUGUCAGUGCACCUUUUCCAAAAAAACUCCCAUAUUCUGGUCGAACUUCAGUGCAUUUUCUCUGUAGUUAACCGACUGAAUCCAGAUCAGGUCUCUCAUUGCAGCAGAGCGGCUGUCGGUCUGUCCUGGCCUCCUUUACGAUACACAAAUUAAGGUUUUCUUUCUUUGGUUCCAAAGACGAACGAAAGCAAGUUGCUGGGUGGACUCCAGUUGUAUUAAAGGAAAGCAGUCCACUGUUGUGCUGUGCGCGGGACGUUCCAGAAGUAUCGCCCCUUCCCAUCUCUCCCUAGUUCAGCGAACCUCUCCCUGACACCUCUUCUGCCUUGAGCCUCUCGUUCCCAGAUUGCCUGGUACGCUCCUCCCGUUUUUUAACCCUCCCCUCCUGACGGGCUUCUUUGCUCCUGUUUCCUGCCAAGGAAUCUCACGCCACGGACUCUACAAUACCUCUGAAAACUUGGGAACGCCUCUCUCCUUGGGCCUGUGAAUUUUCUCCCUCCCCCUCGUCUUGACAGCAAGUUUCUCUCUGUGCUCCCUGGGACUGGUGCUCUCUCUUCUUCCUCCUCCUCCUCCUCCUCCUCGCUCCCUGCUUCUGGGCUAUGUUGACCCCUGGGGGCUCCCCCUGUCCUGCGAGAAGCCAGCGCCCGCCCGCCCGUCUCUGACGAACGCCUGCUCAGCGUGUCCUCUCUCCCUUUCCCUCUCUCUCCCCGCUCCUCCCCCCGCCUCUGCUCAGGAGAGCCAGGCCCUUCCACCUCUCUCUCUUUCCCAGCGGCAGUAUGCCCAGCGUCAACAAGUCCCCCGGCGGGGCUGGCUCCUCCUCGUCCGCGAGCCUCAAGCCCAGCAAGUACAUCCCGGUGUCAGCCGCCACGACCUUCCUGGUGGGCUCCACCACCCUCUUCUUCGCCUUCACGUGUCCCUGGUUGACGCACCAGUUCUCUAUGGCGAUCCCCAUCUAUAAUGGCGUCAUCUUCCUCUUCGUUCUGGCCAACUUCUGCAUGGCCACCUUCAUGGACCCUGGCAUCUUCCCCCGAGCGGAGGAGGAUGAGGACAAGGAGGACGAUUUCCGGGCCCCGCUGUACAAGACGGUGGAGAUCCGAGGGAUCCAGGUGCGGAUGAAGUGGUGCUCCACCUGCCGGUUCUACAGACCCCCCCGCUGCUCCCACUGCUCCGUCUGCGACAACUGUGUGGAGGACUUCGACCACCAUUGCCCCUGGGUGAACAACUGCAUCGGUCGUCGCAACUACCGCUACUUCUUCCUGUUCCUGCUGUCCCUCACCACGCACAUCAUGGGCGUCUUUGGCUUCGGCCUUCUGUUCAUCCUCUACCACACCGAGGAGCUGGGCAAGAUCCACUGUGCCGUCACGAUGGCGGUGAUGUGUGUGGCUGGGCUCUUCUUCAUCCCAGUGGCUGGGCUGACGGGUUUCCACAUUGUACUGGUGGCCAGGGGACGGACCACUAAUGAACAGGUGACGGGUAAAUUCCGCGGAGGGGUCAAUCCCUUUACGAAUGGCUGCUGGAGGAAUGUGUCUCAUGUUCUGUGCAGCUCGCAGGCCCCCAGGUACCUGGGCCGUCCUCGACAGGAGCAGUCAGUGCUGAUCAAGCCUCCCUUUUUGAGGCCUGAGCUGACGGACGCCCAGCUGGGGGUGAAGAUCCUAGACAACGGCAUUCAGGGAGACUUGCACUCCUCUAGGUCCAAAGGCAGUCUGGAGGUGAUGGAGAGCCAGUCAGCUGAUGCAGAGCCACCUCCCCCUCCCAAGCCUGAGCUUCAUAGAUACCCUGGGCUGAGGGCCCAGAUGUCACUGGGGCAUACUGAAGCAAGUGAGUUUGACACCCCCACUGCUCCCCGGCCCUCGUUCUCUCUGGGGCUUGCUUCUGUGGGCGUGUCGGAGUCCCGUGUGUCCGUCCUGUCUCUUCCCAGCCCUCUCUCGUCUUGUAUGAGCCGGGGCGACAGCCUGCAAGAGCCGCCCUCCAUCCUGGAGUCCAGCCAGCACCCCAGCUACCGCUCCGAGCCCAGCCUGGAUGGAGGAGGCGGAGGAGGGGGCCCGGGUUUGGGAGCUGGGGGCGCGGCAGGCAUCCCGGGCUACUCCCUCGGGGGCCGCUCCUACCCCUCCUUCACGGACCCUGUGGUCCAUUCAGGGGGGGCGUCCCGCUCUUCCAGCCUGCGCUCCACCCACACGGCCCACAAUGCACUGGGCACCUUGCACUCGGAAGGCACCACGUCCACGAGCUACAAGAGCCUGGCCAACCAGACGCCCCGGAACGGGAGCCUCUCAUACGACAGCCUGCUGACGCCCUCCGAGAGCCCCGAGUUCGAGUCCGCCGCCCCCGAGCUGUCCCCCCCGGGCCUGCCUCACCAGAAGCCCCCGCCGCCAGUGGUGGGUUACAGCUCGCCUUUCCUCUCGGCCCAGAUCGCCCACCAGCGCGAGGCCGAGCUGCACCAGUCCUCCUCCCUGCUGCUGUCCUCGACCUCUCCCCCGCCGCCUGGCUCCUCCUCCUCCGCCGCCUCCUCUCCCCCUCCCCAGAAGCCUUACCUGAGGGCCGCCUCCGGAAGCCCCCCUCCGGAGCGGGAGAGGUUGCUGCAGGAGCACGACACCUUUUCUCAAGCCCACCCCCGCCACCACCCGCGCUACAGCCGCCCCCCGCUUCUGUCCGACGGCUCAGGGGCCCACCUGCACCAUCACCCCCCCUCUGUCCGUAUACGCUCCUUAGGCUCCCCGGAUUUACAGCCCCCGGCACCACCUGCCCACUCUUCCCUCUCCGCCCACACUGGCCCAUCGGCGCCUCCUCCCUUGGGCAAAUCCCUCUCCUACAGCAGCGCUGCCUCAACUGAAGUGCAGUACCGCCACAAGCCAAUAGUGGGCAGCAGCUUGUCCAGCACGGAGGCGCAGUACCGCACCAAGGCAGCAGGGGGCGGCAGUGGUGUCAUCCGCGCUCCGAAGGACGAGAUACAGAUGAAAUCCUUCAGCAGGUCCAAUGGGCAGCCUAAGACCCACCCCUCCUCCUCCUCCUCCCCUCAGCCCCGCCCUCUCUCCCCGCCUCACCCAGUUGGCUCCACUGCCCGGCCGAGGGAGGGUCCAGGGCUGGCCAAUCACAGCGCUCCCCUCAGCCCAGCCCACAGGCCGCAGGGGGGCGGAGUGAAGAAGGUGACGGGUGUCGGAGGAACCACUUAUGAGAUCUCUGUGUGAGAGAUGGACAGGUGGGCCUGCCAAUCACAGCGCAAGGAGCCCUUCUAGAGCCUUCCUCCCCCUUACUACAGAGAGUCUUGUAAAUGGAAGAGCAGCAGCCGGGCGAAAGCCAGAGGGAUGGAAUUUGUUUUUUCUUUACUUCUCUCCUCCUCAAGGAUCAAGGCUGAGGAAGGGGGUGAAGGGGAGCACUGACUGAUGAGACUGUACUAAGCAGAGAAAAAAAAAACGGUUUCUUCACGGACGCAGUGCGUGCGGUUUUAUUCGGACCUGCAGUUUCAUUCAGGGGCAGAACAGCAGGCGGACCAGGGCUGCGACCCGGAGGCGCCUGGAGGCGGCACUCUGUCCUCCACGGACCAAAGGCGGACAAGGACACUCGUUCUCCCUCUGCGGCCGGCGCCGGCGUGGGAGAGAGCCGAGAGAGCUCGCCGCCAGGGCUGGGCUGUCGAGGCCUCGGUGUCGAAUCUGUGACUUGAUGACAAAUGUCCAAACAGGCCUUUCGGCUAGCGGGUGGCCGCGGGGAUGGAGACGGGACUUUAUUCCAGAGAGCGCACUCCUCACGGACCACGCUCGCUCCCCGGCCGGCCCGGCCCGGGACAGACCCAUUAGUAGGAACUUUCUAAAACGGUUUGAAUUCGAUCACCUAUGGAUUACAGGGAAGGAUUUUGUUUUUAUUUUUUACAAAAAUAUUUUAUAUAAAUAUGUAACUCCUUUGGCGGCGUCUCCUCAGUAGGGACAGUAACAAAAGCAAGCCCUUUGUCCAUCUGGAUCGAUGGCUGAAGCAGGCCAGUCAGGGGGUCGGGGGUGUUUCGGGGGUGGCGACAUCGGGUCAGUGUGCCGGUGCGGAAGUCUGGGGUCCUCUUUCUCAGGCUGGGCAGGAGGAAGAGGAGGAACGGACAGUCUGGCUCUGACACCGGGGUGCUGUGUGAGCUGCUGGAGGAGUCGCCCUGUGUGACGUGGACAUGUGGUCGCCCAGGGUCUUCUGUUUCCUGGUGGCCGCCAGCCCGGUGCAGGCUCACGUGAAAGCCCGUCUCAACACAGCUCGUUCAGGCCUUCUGUCUGGCCGAGCGGAGGAGUGGAGCUGCUCCAGGGGGACUGUGGGAGCCACCCUGUGUGGUACAAGGAGCAGCCCUUUCCCAUUCGUGCGGGAGAGCUGGCGCCCGCCUGGGUCUCUCUGGGAGGGACAGGGCCCCCGCCCGGCUGGAGGGACUCGACAGCGGUAUGCAGGAGCGCGGGUGGUGACUCCAGAGCAGUGACCUGCGUGUAGGAGCGCAAGCAUCAGUGUGGCACCAGCCACCGCCAGUAACCAGUGCCUUUACUGGUUGCCACUGGGAACCUGGAUCAGGAGGGCUGCUGGGAGGUUUGUAGUUAAGCCAAGCACUGAUUUCUGUGCAGGUAGUCGUAGUGCACGAGCAGCUGCGCUAUGUUUCUAGACGUGGCUCUGUGUGUGUGUGUGUGAGAGAGUGGUCACUGUUGCCUCGCUGGAAGUGUGUCCUACCAAAGAUCACCAAUGACCUGCCCAAUUCAAAGCUGACUGACGCUAGGGCAGCCAUGAUGGAAGUCCAGCUCUUGCCCAGGCGGAGUGUGGAUUCGGACUGAAGCGAGAGAAAAUCAGGCGAUGUGGUCGUCGUCUGUAAAGACUGUCAACAGGGCCCCAUGGGGCGUGAGUGAGGGGGGACAAGAAAACUACAAUAAUGGUUAUUAAUCAUUUAUCCAGGGUUGAAUAAAGAUAAAGAGUCUAAAGAAGUGAAUUUUAAGA